GGAGCUGACGGGUGGGGCGCAAGCGCGCAGGCGCAGCCGGGGGCCGGGCAGCGACUCCGGAAUCUCGGUGAUCCCCAGUCUGCGCCGCAUCCCGAACCGCAGCCAUGGCCGCCUACAAGCUGGUGCUGAUCCGGCACGGCGAGAGCACAUGGAACCUGGAGAACCGUUUCAGCGGCUGGUACGACGCGGACCUGAGCCCAGCAGGGCACGAGGAGGCGAAGCGAGGCGGGCAGGCGCUGAGAGAUGCUGGCUAUGAGUUUGACAUCUGCUUCACCUCAGUGCAGAAGAGGGCAAUCCGGACCCUCUGGACAGUGCUGGAUGCCAUUGACCAAAUGUGGCUGCCAGUGGUGAGGACUUGGCGCCUUAAUGAGCGACACUAUGGGGGUCUGACUGGCCUCAAUAAGGCAGAAACUGCUGCCAAGCAUGGUGAGGCCCAGGUAAAGAUCUGGAGGCGCUCCUAUGAUGUCCCGCCACCUCCCAUGGAGCCUGACCAUCCCUUCUACAGCAACAUCAGUAAGGAUCGCAGGUACGCAGACCUCACUGAAGACCAGCUGCCCUCCUGUGAGAGUCUGAAGGACACAAUUGCCAGAGCUCUGCCCUUUUGGAAUGAAGAAAUUGUCCCCCAGAUCAAGGAGGGGAAACGGGUACUAAUUGCGGCCCAUGGCAACAGCCUUCGGGGCAUCGUCAAGCAUCUGGAGGGUCUCUCUGAAGAGGCUAUCAUGGAGCUGAACCUGCCGACUGGCAUUCCCAUGGUCUAUGAAUUGGACAAGAACUUGAAGCCCAUCAAGCCCAUGCAGUUCCUGGGGGAUGAGGAGACCGUGCGUAAAGCUAUGGAGGCUGUGGCUGCCCAGGGCAAGGCCAAGAAGUGAGGGCAAGCAGCAAAUUGCUUUCCCAGGGAUUACCCUCCUCCCCUGCCCUGGCCCACCCUUCUCCUCUGCACCUCUCCCUGGCGCAUGUCCCACUGAUGACAUCUGUAGGCAUCAUAAGUUGUAGCUGCAGGUGGGGACCAGCGGCUCCCAAUUCCACAUUAGCCAUUUUAUCUCUUGCACCCACUCCCUUCAUACAGUCUAGUCAGAAUGGCACGUCUGGGGCAUGGUCCUCGGUCCAAGCCGAGGGAAGACUUAUCCAGAAGUGUUGAGAGGUUAUCACUGGGGGGGUUGAUAGUGGUUUAUUACUAAGGAGCUGCUUGCGUAGGGGUCAGGGAGAAAACCAUGCUGAGGUGUGACCAGUGAGAAGAGCCUGUUCAUGUCCCCAGAGGCCAGCUGGGCGCUAUUGUUAGGUGACUCGGGGCUCUAGUCAUUCCAGUGGAAGAUGAAUGUAACCUGCAUGGUGACCCAAUCAAAUAUUCCUCCCUGACUCUAAAAGGCUGGAUCAAUCCUGAAUGUUUUUGUGUUGCAUUUACUUAAAAAAAAAAAAAAAUUAUAUAUAAAUACCAAAAAAACCCCACAAACAAACCCUUCUGGGGUUUUUAGUGGCGGUUGAAAUACUCCCACAUGUGGUCAUCAGCAAAUAAGUCAUUCCUUACACCAUCAUGGGAUAAGCUCCUUGACUUCUAAGGCGUAGGAGUUCAUCCUGUUGUGUGCUUUAGAAUCCCUCCCCGGCCUUACUGUUUUGUGGCAGUGGAAUGCCUCUUGAUCAUGUCCAAGUGUGUCUCUCACUGUGCCUGACUUCUGAACCAUGUUCCAGUUGCUUGGCCUAGCACUUGGGCCCAGUACUCAUUUGAGCAUAACUGUACUAAAAAUAUCUUUUUUCCAGAUCAGUAUAAAAUAAAGGAGUGAUGUGCAAUA